ACAAAAAAGAAACACAUUAAAUAAAAAGAGUUUACUGGGUCUACUGUAUGUGAUUGCACUGCAUGCUCAUAGUAAAUUACACAUGCACAUUACUAUAAUUACUAUUAUAUAUUAUGUCUGCUGUGCUGGUUAAACUAAACUGCAGAGACAGGGUUAGGGGAAAGAUCAGCUCUGGGAACAGCUGAUUGGACCUGUGUGCUCUAAUCACGACAGUUGUGGCAGGAAUACGGCAGGCGUCCACGUGCGGCGUCAGAGGAUAGCGACCACAGUGUGUUUGUGUGUGUGGAGUGUGUGCCCACUGUUAAGAGUGUGUGUGUGGAGCAGAGGAGCUGUUAGAGUGUGUGUGGAGUGUGCGGAGGAUGCUGUGUGUGAAGGGGGACAGUGCGGCGGAUGAGCGCGCGGACGGUACGGCGGAGUCUCGCGGGGUAAAGAGGAAGAUCUCGCUCACCUGCUGUGAUGUGUGUGAAAAUGAAGAGGCGAAGUACAGGUGUCCAAACUGCCUGAAGUUUUCCUGCAGUCUGCCCUGUGUGAAGAGGCAUAAACUCCAGUCAGGCUGCAGCGGCGUUCGGGACAAGACCGCCUUCGUGGUUCUGUCUCAAUUCAGCGAAAUCAACCUGCUUAAUGACUACAGGUACCUGGAAGAAACGGCACGUGUAGCAGACAAACCCAUCAGAGACACCAUCCUGCACACCCCCUCUCACACCACUAACCCAAAGAAGCUGCUGAAUAAGAAUGCAGUUGCAGCUAAAGUAAACCUGAGACUCCUCCCCAGAUCCUUCUCCAGACACAAGGAGAACACGUCUGGCUACAAUAAAUCGGAGAAGAAGCUGUACUGGCACCUGAAGCUGCACUUCCCCCAGAGCAGUGCGGAGUACACGGACAGAGUACCAGAGGACAGAGCUCUGCAGCAGAUUCUCAGUGACUACAUCCACCCCACUGAAUCAGACCCAGUCAAACGCCAGAGGUUGAAGCUGUAUGUUCUCACUCCUCCUGAUCAGAUGUGUGUGUUCCUGAAGUCAGAGCAGAGACGGCCGGGGUCUCCUAAGUACCACGAGCUCAACCUGAAGAAUACUCUCCGGGAGAAUCUGAUGUUCAAAACCGUAGUGGAAUAUCCUGAACUCCACGUGGUCCUGAGGGAGCAUCGUGACGAGUACCUCACUAAAUUCCCAGAGAGGAAGAGUGCAGGGCAGUCCACCAGCCCUAAAGAAAGCAUCCCUCAACUCACUCCAUCCUCUUCCAGAGAUGAUCCCGCAGAGAACCCCAAGCAUGUGGUGAAGAAGAGGAAGAGCAUAGCUGAGGAAUCCGAGCUGGAGGAAGGAGAGAUAAGGAGUGAGGAGGAGGAGGAGGAGGAGGAGAAGGAAGAUGACCAUGACCAUGAACAACGUGAGCAGCCUGUUUGCAGUGCAGAUCAUGCAGAUAAAGCUCAAAAUGAACAUAGCAUGGACGCAGAUCAUGGUCUUCCUCUUCAUGAUGAUAACGAUGGUUGUGAUGGUGGUCAGGGUGGUGUAGCUGAUGACAGAAAUUCAGCCAUGGAUACAAAUGACAUGGAAACUUCAUCACAUGAUCAAGGUGAAGAGGAUGAUGCUGUUGAUGCUCCUGAGGUCAAUAAAAAUCAAGAUGUUAUAAUGGAAACGGAUGAUGGUAAAGAUUGCAAGGAUACCAGUGUUGAAGGCCAUCUUCUCCCAUCUUCUUCUUCUCCUCAAGAUAAAGACAUGGGUAAUGGAGGUGAUGGUUACGUUGGUGGGGGUGGUGAUGGUCAUCAGGGUGACACCACCAAAGCCCCUCCCCUUUCCUCUCAUGAUCAGUCUAAGGAAAGCAGUUGUGGUCAGGUUGAUGCUGUCCAUUCUGCAGCUAAUGGCCAAAAGCUAACAAUGGAAACAAAUGAACAACUAUCUCAUGAUCAUAGUGGAAGAUGUGGUGGUGAUGAAGAUGAGAUUCACAUGACAGCAAACAAGCAAAUAGGUGGUCAUUCAUCUUCUUCUUCUUCUUCUCUAGAUAAGAACAUUGAUGAUGUUCACCAUAGUGAUGUUCUUCAGGGCUUUGCUGCCAAUGGCCCAAACAUUACAAAGCAAACAAAUGAUUCACUUUCUCCACCUUCUACUGAUCCUGAUCAAAAUGAAACUCAACAGAUUCAUGGUGGUGCUGAUGGUGCUUCUGUUCAUGGUGGAGAUAAUGGAGAUAAGGAAACAGAUGGUCAUCCUUCUUCUUCUUCUGUAGAUACGAACAUUAAGAACGUUCAAAACGAUGAUAAUCGUCAUAAUGAUGAUCUUCAUCAGAUUGCCAUCAAGACCUCUACCAAUGACAGAAGCAUAACCAUGGAAUCAAGUGAUCUUCCAUCUUUUAAAGACCAUGGUCAAGAGGAUGAAGGUCUGAAGGUUGAUGAUAUUAAAUAUGAUGCUUCUAAUAAUGUCCACAUAUCUGUGAUGGAAGCCAAGUCAAUUCCUCUUUCUACUCAAAACACAGAUCAAAUCCCUGUAAGUUAUGAUCACCAGCAUGUCCCUGCUGAUGACCAGAUUAAAGCACCUCCUCCUCCUCGUGAUGGUAAUGUAGAUGGGAACAAUGGUCAGGUUGAUGGUGGUAUUGAUGGUAGUGCUGCAGCAGAUGUUGGUGCUGUUGGUGCUAAUGGUGAAAACAGUGCAACAGUGGAAGUGGAACACACUGUGUGUCUUUUUCACUGUGAAGAUGAUGAUGAAAAUGGCCAAAGUCAGAUUGGUGCUGCUGCUAAUGACCAGGAUGUAUCAGUAACUGAAAAAUGUACGAGUAGCAUUGAAAGUGAUUUCCUUGAUCGUUCUCCUGAGUAGAAGAUUUAAUUUUACAAUGGACUGCUGUGAGUAAAUAGCUGGAGAUGAUCUCUAAGACUGAUCAGUUUUUGUAUGUUAGUUCAUUAUUUUUAUAAUUUAAUAUAAGGUGUUUUUCUAACUAAUAAUGAUCUCAACUUCUAAAAGAUUUUUUUUCCUUUUUUUUUUUUUUUUUCUAAUUUUUCCAAUUUUCUCCCUAAUUUACACGGCCAAUUAUCCAACCCACUCAUUAGGACUCCCCCCAUCACUAGUAAUGCCCCAACACACCAGGAGGGUGAAGACUAGCACAUGCUUCCUCUGAUACAUGUGAAGCCAGCCACCGCUUCUUUUGGAGCUGCUGCUGAUGCAGCAUUACCGAGCAGCAUCACAGCGCGCUUGGAGGAAAGCACAGCGACUCAAUUCUGAUACAUCAGCUCACAGACACCCUGUGCUGUGGACAUCACCCUAGGAGUGAUGUGGAGAGAGAGCGCCAUCUACCCACCAGGAGGGAGCAGGGCCAAUUUUGCUCCCUCUGAGCGCCAGCAGCUUGAUGGCAAAGCUGCAUGAGAGGGGGUUCGAACCUGCGACCUCCCGCUCAUAGUGUUUUUUUUUUUUUCUAUCCAGCUUUUGAACUAUGUGCUUAGUUGAAGUUGAAUAUACAUACAGCGCUGUGCAGAUGAAGCUGAUGUAAUUGUACAUGCAUACUGACAGCUAAAUGCUUAAUGAAAUGUUAAGUUUUGUAUCUGUAUGUAUUUGUAACACGUCAUACUCUCAUUUCUGAUGUUUUUAUAUUACAUAGUGAUGUGUAUAUUACACAGUCUUUUCCGUUGCUUUAUUAUUCUGUUCUCUGUACAGUAAACAGGACAAUGAUUUAUUUCUGUUAUUUGACUUUUUAAUAAAAAGUGCAUUAUCCCAUGCAUCUGAUUUCA